AUGGGCAGGGAGGGAAGCUCGCUCGCACGCUGCCCCCACCCCCCCGCGGGCGAGCAAGCGCCGGGCUCUCGGCGUAGAGCGAAGCCUCUGGCGGCCAACCGCAGCCGCCACGCCCGCCCGGCCCCCCAAUGGCGGGGAAGGGGGCGGCCCCAGCACGCUCGGCUGCCCGGCUGCCUCCCGUGGAGCAGCGCAGCCCAGCCCCGGAGGCUGCUGAGCCUGGCUCGGCUGUGGCAGGGUGGGAUCAGCUGCUGCUGCCGGUGUCCUCUCCCGAGAGCCUAUGGGAAGGAUCAGCCUGCUGAGCCUCAGACUCCUUUUGAGUCCCACUUAAGAGUGGACUCUGGCAAGGUAGUGGAAUCUUCAAACCUCUCCUCUGAGGACAAGCUGCUGCCUUCAGCUGACAAAGGAUUGAGGAUAUUUCCUGACUGCUGUUCACAGGGAAAGCAGUUCCUGGCUUCCAACUUUGCCUCUGACCCAUGGCUUCAGCCCUACUCACUCUGGCUCCACCCAGUAGACCUGGCGACCCAUGACCCAGCCACGACAGUUUGCUCCGACCACCUGGACCCCUCUAGGGAGGGAGCUGGUACCCCGUUGCCCAGCAAGUCCCAUGGAGCAUCAUUUUCAGGAGCGGGUCACUCAUUUCCAACAAAGAACCACAUUCUGUGCACUUGUGUGAUGUCACUUCUGGCAGAGAACCAAGCCCUCUGGGAACAGCUACCUCAGCUGGAAGCAGGGAACACAACACUCCAGGCUUAGGCUGCUGCCCUGCCACUGGAACAGGAGACCACUGUGCCUUUACCCAGAUGUUUCUACAGGAACUGUCAGAAAUUCGGGGGAUUCCUUAAUCAGUGCUGCCUACUCUUUAUGUUCUGUCCCUAUCCCACUGAUUGGACCCAGGUGGGACUGUUGCUCAGCCUACUAAACAGAGAAGCCUUGGGCUGGGUCUCUCCCUUGCUGGAACAAGAUAAGCAUUCCAGUCUGUCAGCAUCACACUUCCUCUGGACCUUCUUCACAAUUUUUGAUGAUCCCCACCACACACACUUGGCUGAAGCUGCCCUGCGGAAGCUCCAACAAGGGUAGAGGUCAGCCACAAGGCAUGUCACACUUUUCUGUUGGCUGACGGCAGACAGAAUAGAACGAGGCAGCCCCACUGCACCAGUUCCACAUAGGAUUGAGCGAGAAGAUCAAAGACAAAUUAGCCUGUGUUGAGACUCAUGUGGGCAUGGAUGCAUUUAUUGACUUAUCCAUCCACAUUGAUGACUGGCUCUGGGAGCAGAGUAAGGAGAAGAGGGGGGUCAUGCCAACAUCGUGUCUCCAUCCCAGAGUCUGCUGCCCCAGCCCAUGCGAGUUGACCUGGUCCAAAGGUGUUUGACUGCUCAAAAAAAGGAACAGCACAGAUGCAACAAUUUGUUUUUACUGCAGCAAGGAUAGAGACCCACUCACUAUGUGUCAUCAAGAAUUCCUGCUUGGAAGCAGUCAGGAAACAAAUGAGCCCAGGCAUGACUUCAGAGUUACUUUGAAAUACCACCCUGUGCAAACCCCGACCAAGUUCUGACUGGCCCCCAUUCUGAUCCACCAAGGCUGUUGCAGCAUCUUUAUGUGCAGGUUUGUUUACAUCCUCCCAUUCUUAGGCUUCAGAACUUGAGAUCCAGCCUGAGCCAUAACUUCAAAGCACUGCCUAUACACCUAUUUUUAGAGUUUAGCACAAGCCCCUAGUCCUAGUCCGUCAACUGAGGCUGGGAGGCUCACUACAAAAUUCUGGGUAGACAUACUGUGUUUAAGAAUGAUAAAUGAUCAACUGCCUGACCUACUGCAAGCAGCUUCCUUAUCUGGAGGAUUACCAGCCAAGAUGUAUGGACUUUUGAUUAACAAGGAAUCUAUGUAAUUCCUUCUUUCUGUCUAUGCUUCUGUGAUGAAAGCAAAGAAAACAAGCUUAGAACUGCCCUAAUUUUUGUAGGAUAACAUGGAGUUUUGGGCAUUGGGAUAAAUUUAGGAUUGAUCUCAAAUUUUGAACUUUGCUUUGCUGUUAUCUGGACCAAUAAAUACACUUUAAGCCUUGGGAUCUGUGCUAGAUUCGGUCGUGCCUUUAGGCAGGGCUUCAUCAGGUCAGGCAUUCUGUUCUUUAUUUGAUUCAUCUUACCCUUUAUGUAGCAUCCUGUACACUCACAGUAUUAUAUAAACAACAUCUAGAUUCCCUUUCAAGCUUAUUGGAAAACACCGGUUCUGCCAUCUUUCAGAAUAGCACUGUCCUUGGAAACAAGAGCUGCCUUAGACAUUGGAAUUGCAUUUCCUCAAGUCUGUUUCAGUAGCAUCUCUCCAUUGUCAGCCUUUGUGGA